AUUGUCUUGAUGCUUUCCCACCAGAUUUUUCUUUAUUAUGCAUUUUCUUCCGAAUAUGUCGCAAUUUAUGCUUAGUCUAAGCUAUGUCGUUGGCGUCAAGGACUCUAGAGCGUCAAAGACGCACCCCUUGUGAAACUCCAAACCAGACAGCGAUGGCUAUAAAGGGAGACAGAAGAACCCACUUCGAACACCAUCAACGCCAUGAAUCUUCUAACAGCGCUCUGCUUCUUCUGCCUCUACAUUUCUCUAUCACCCUCCACGGCGUCCGCGGCCGUACUAUUUCAGGGGUUCAAUUGGGAAUCAAGCAAUAAAGGUGGAUGGUACAACUCCCUGAAGAGCUCUGUUCCUGAUCUCGCUAAUGCCGGAAUCACUCAUGUCUGGCUUCCUCCCCCUUCUCAAGCUGCUUCUCCCCAGGGAUACUUGCCUGGAAGGCUAUAUGAUCUCGAUGCCUCAAAAUAUGGUUCAAAGGAUGAACUGAAGUCACUGAUUGCAGCUCUCCAUGAGAAGGGAAUUAAAGCCCUUGCUGACAUAGUGAUAAAUCACAGAACUGCUGAGAAGAAAGAUGGGAGAGGAAUUUGGAGCAUCUUUGAAGGUGGAACUUCGGAUGAACGUCUCGACUGGGGUCCGUCCUUCAUUUGCAAGGAUGACACUACCUACUCUGAUGGCACUGGGAAUCUUGACAGCGGAGAGGGCUAUGAAGCUGCACCUGACAUUGAUCAUAUUAAUCCACGGGUACAGAAAGAGCUGUCUGAAUGGAUGAAUUGGCUGAAGACUGAAAUUGGGUUUGAUGGGUGGCGAUUUGAUUUUGUGAAGGGGUACGCCGCAAGUAUUAUGAAAAUUUAUAUGGAACAAACUCUGCCAGAAUUUGCAGUUGGGGAGAAGUGGGAUUCUCUUUCUAAUGGAGAUGAUGGAAAACCUAACCCCAACCAGGAUGCACACCGUGGUGCUCUAUCUGAUUGGGUACAGGCUGCUGGUGGUGCUGUCAAUGCAUUUGAUUUCACAACCAAAGGGAUUCUUCAAGCAGCUGUGGAAGGGGAGCUAUGGCGGUUAAAAGACUCUAAUGGAAAGCCACCAGGGAUGAUUGGCAUAAAGCCAGAAAAUGCAGUGACAUUCAUUGACAAUCAUGACACUGGUUCUACUCAAAAGCUGUGGCCAUUCCCCUCCGAUAAAGUCAUUCAGGGAUAUGCUUACAUUCUCACCCAUCCUGGGACCCCAACCAUAUUCUAUGAUCACUUCUUUGAUGGGGGUCUAAAGGAGGCGAUAAGCAAAUUGGUUGCAAUUAGGCUCAGGAAUGGUAUCAACAGCAGGAGCACAGUGCAGAUUACAGCGUCUGAUGCCGACUUAUAUGUAGCUGGGAUUGACGACAAGAUCUUUAUGAAGAUUGGGCCAAGGGUUGAAGUUGGAAACCUUGUUCCCUCAAACUUCCACGUUGCCACCUCUGGCCAAGACUACGCUGUGUGGGAGAAAAAUUGAAGAGUUGGAAGUGAUUUUGUAUGGAAUGAAUGCUACAAUGGUGCAUGAGGCCUGUUAGUGUUUCUAAAUAGAUUUCUGUCUAUGUUGAUUAUAAUAGAUUUCUCCACUGGGAGAAUAAGUUGGCGCCUCCAGUGAGAAAAUCAUUGGAAACCUCUUGUUUAAAAAUAAACGGUGAAAAUUGAAGAUUAGUGAAGCUCUUAUUACGGCUAUCGGUUUCAACUA